AUGAUCAAUAUUAUCAUUACGAUAGGAAUAUUAUACAUAUUGUAUAGAUGGAUGAGAUUUCUGAAUCGUCCAAGUGUUCGAUUGUUUUAUAGUAAUUCCGAACUAAAGAAAGUAAUAGAUAAAUGUCCUUCUUUAUUAAAUUAUAAACCUACUCCAUAUCUAAAUGGAUUAUUACAUACUUUGAUUGGUAUACAUUUAUUUAUAAUUUUAGGUUCAUUGAAACAUGCUAAGGAGAAACAUACAUCAAAUAGAGAAAUUGUACAUGAAGCAGGAUUGUCAGUAGAUUGGAUUGAUAAAGGAAAUGGAGUAGAUGCUUAGUAUCCUUUAUUAUUUAUAAUGCCUGGUUUAACAGGAAGUGUAGAAGAUGGAUAUAUCAAUACAAUAGUUUCAUAAGCUCAUUAACAUAAUUUUCAUAACAUUUGCAUAUAUAAUUAUAGAAUGUUAGCUAAAAAAGUAGAUUUCUCAUUCAAACCAGAAUUUUAUAAUUAUGGUCUAAAAAUGUAGCCAAAUGAAUUUAUGAAAGAUUAUGUAAGUGAUGGAUUUUAUGGAAUUGAUAAUGAUUAUUAUUACUUUGAAGAUGAUAUUAUUUAGGGAAAGAGAGUUAGAGUAGAUUUAGUAGCAGAUGUUCAUUAUACAUUAUAAUAUUUAAAAAAGAAAUAUUAAUUUACUAAAAUAUUAGCAAUAGGUUGUUCAUAUGGAGGAGUUCAAUUAGGAAUGUAUUUGGGUAGAUUUGAAAAGCAAGCUCUAAUUAAUGCAGGAGUUACAGUUUGUUCUCCUCAUAUAAUGAAUAUUACUCAAAUAUUUCUAUCUACAUUUAUGAAUUGGAUGCUUUGUAAAAUCUUAUAAAGAGGACUUCAAGCAAUUAAAGAAUAAUUUAAUAAUAGGAAUAACUAUCCUAGUAAUUGGACUAUUGAUAUCAAAAAAGCUAUGAAAGCUACCUGGAUUCAAGACUUUGAUACAUAUUACACUUCAAGAGUGUAUGGAUAUAGAACUGCUGAUGCAUAUUAUCGUCAUUUCUCAUUAAUUAAUCGAUUCCCUAAUGUUUAGGUUCCUAUGCUUUGUAUUUCUGCUGAAGAUGAUGGUGUUUGCCAUCUUAAAGGAUUAGGAAAAGAAGAAAUGAUCCAAAAUGGACGUACAAUCUUAUGUUUGGCCAAAGCUGGAGGACAUAUUGGAUUCUUACAAGGAUGGAAUGCUAAAACCUUUUGGUUCCCAAAGCCUGCUAUUGAAUUUCUUACUUUUCACAGUUGAUUUUAA